UAAGCAAGCGAUUGAAAAAGAAAAACAACCCGUUACCGUGCAUAAAGCACACACCCUUCUUCUCCAGCACAGGUAGCGCGGCAACUGCAGCAACAACACCACGCGAACCCUUACCGCGCACUUAAUUGAAUUAGAAGGCAACAGAGCACAAAACAAACACAGCUCACUUUGUUUAGAGAAUUCGCACCGUUCAACGUGGGGUGCGCAUAGAUCAAGCAGGCACGGUAUCUUCGAGCGGGAGAUAUGCAACAUUGAUCGUAGUUAACUGUGAUUGUUCCUUGCGUAGUAAAAAAAAACAAAAAAAAAUAUGGAUUCCACCGCUAAUCAAUCUGUUCCCAGUGUCACACUAGAAUCAUCCGUGCCAGUUACGGAAGGUAUCAAUAUUCCAAAACGAUAUAACGACCGUUCGGAUAAUUUGUACUUCCUGUUCAUUCCCUUGGCCGUUUUGGUAACCGUCAUGUUACUUUCCGUGGUGGUCUAUUUAAUGGCAAGACGUCGCCAUAAAAUACGGUCCAAGUACAGUUACGUUCCUAGCUUUAGUUUCGAUUCGUCGGAUCUAGAUGAUGAGCGCGAAGAACGCGAAACAGAUCACCUACUGAAAGGCGGGAAACUUCGCCUGGACGAAGCUCCAAUUGAAGAUACUUCCAGUGCGAAUCCGUUCGCUACAGCACGAUCCGCAGGUAGUCGCGAGUUGUUUGCUUAAUACAAUUAAGCAGUGUCCCACUUUGCUCAGUUCCCCAAGUUCUGUAGUGUUAGAAUAGAUACUAGUGAAGGUUUGUGAUACUCUAUGCAGUAGAGAAAACUAUGUACUGUAACACCAAAGAAAAUGCGUUGGUUCGUCGUCGACCAUCGGUCACGAGUUCACUGGAACGAUUAGGAAAU